CGAGCGCCUGGGCGGGAGCCCGUGUAUGGAAGGUGCAGGACUCCAUGGCAACUCGGGCCCCCGGGGUGUGCUCGCUUCCCGAGCAGGCUGGAGGCCGACUCCCUCGGCGGCGUCCAGAGCGCGGCCCCCGUGCAGUUCCGAGUCUGCGGCUGAGUCCUGGACCCCCCACCCCGGGCUCCACCUUUGCACCGGCCCUUGGCUGCUCUUGGGACCCUGGGAGAGAGAAAUAAACUGGUGCGGACUGGAGCGGGCGUCCUUGAGAGAGUGGGGUGUUGUGCGCGGUGCUCACCGCAAGACUUCAGUCCCCCGUCAUUCCAAAGAGCGGAAGCCCAGCGGGGCGGGAGCACCUGAAACCCAGCCCCCGCCACUCGCCGAGCGCCGCACCCCGCACGCGCCUGCGUCCGGCCGGCUGGCGAGCGCGGAGCCCCGGCAGCGCUGCCCCCGCCGCGGCCGGCUCCGGGGCACGCCCGGGAGAGGGGGCCGGCCGGGCCGCCGCGGGGCUCUCCCGCCCGGCCCCACGCCGCGCCUGCCGGCCUCCCCAAGCCAGCGCGGCUCCGCGGGGCGGGGCCGGGCGCGGGGCGGACCCGGGAGGAGCACGGGGAGGAGCCCGGGCUGCGGCGGCGGCGGCGGCGUCAGAGCGGUUCUCCCGCUGCCCGGCGGUUCAGACCCUGUCCGUGUGCCGCCGCAGACGCCGAAAGGGACCUGCACGGGCACGGGCGCUGCGCCGGGGGCUCCUCUCGCGGGCCGGGGCUGCGCUACCAUGGCGGACAAGGAGGCCGGCGGCGGCGACACAGGGCCCCGAGAGCCGGCCCCCACAUCUGCAUAUUCAUCUCCAGCCCGGAGUCUGGGGGACACAGGAAUAACGCCCCUGUCCCCCUCCCAUAUUGUGAACGAUGCCGACACGAAUGUCUCAGAGCAGCAGAUGUUCCUCGUGGUGGUGGCCAUUGACUUUGGGACCACGUCCAGUGGCUAUGCCUACAGCUUCACCAAGGAGCCGGAGUGCAUCCACGUGAUGAGGCGAUGGGAAGGGGGCGACCCCGGGGUGUCCAACCAGAAGACUCCGACCACCAUCCUGUUGACUCCGGAGAGGAAAUUCCACAGUUUUGGGUACGCAGCCAGGGACUUUUACCAUGACCUGGAUCCCACCGAGGCCAAGCAGUGGCUGUACCUGGAGAAGUUCAAGAUGAAGCUGCAUGUCACUGGGGACCUCACCAUGGAGACAGACCUGACAGCAGCAAAUGGCAAGAAAGUCAAAGCCCUGGAAAUCUUUGCUUAUGCCCUGCAGUACUUCAAGGAGCAGGCGCUGAAGGAGCUUAGCGACCAGGCAGGCUCAGAGUUUGAGAAUUCCGAUGUCAGAUGGGUCAUCACAGUGCCUGCCAUCUGGAAACAGCCCGCCAAGCAGUUCAUGAGACAAGCUGCCUACCAGGCAGGCCUGGCCUCCCCUGAGAACUCGGAGCAGCUCAUCAUUGCCUUGGAGCCCGAGGCGGCCUCCAUCUACUGCCGGAAGCUGAGGCUGCACCAGAUGAUCGAGCUGAGCAGCAAGUCCGCGGUCAACGGGUACAGCUCCAGUGACACAGUAGGAGCUGGGUUUGCACAGGCUAAGGAACACGUUCGGCGCAAUCGGCAGAGUCGGACCUUUUUGGUGGAAAAUGUCAUAGGAGAAAUCUGGUCUGAGCUGGAGGAAGGUGACAAGUAUGUGGUUGUGGACAGUGGCGGUGGCACCGUAGACCUGACAGUCCACCAGAUACGGUUACCAGAGGGACACCUUAAAGAACUGUAUAAAGCAACAGGUGGACCCUAUGGAUCCUUAGGAGUAGACUAUGAAUUCGAAAAACUUCUGUGUAAAAUAUUUGGAGAGGAUUUUAUUGAGCAAUUCAAAAUCAAGCGUCCUGCGGCCUGGGUUGACUUAAUGAUCGCGUUUGAGUCUCGCAAGAGGGCAGCUGCCCCGGACCGAACUAACCCGCUGAACAUCACCCUGCCCUUCUCCUUCAUCGACUACUACAAGAAGUUCCGUGGUCACAGCGUGGAGCACGCCUUGAGGAAGAGCAAUGUGGAUUUUGUGAAGUGGUCCUCGCAGGGGAUGCUGAGGAUGAGUCCAGAUGCCAUGAAUGCCCUUUUUAAGCCAACCAUUGACAGCAUCAUUGAGCAUCUCCGGGACCUGUUUCAGAAGCCCGAAGUGUCUGCUGUCAAGUUCCUGUUCCUGGUGGGCGGCUUUGCAGAAGCACCCCUCCUGCAGCAGGCUGUGCAGGCUGCCUUCGGCAACAUGUGCCGCAUCAUCAUCCCCCAGGACGUGGGCCUCACCAUCCUCAAGGGUGCUGUCCUCUUCGGCCUGGACCCUGCUGUCAUCAAGGUGCGCCGGUCCCCACUGACCUAUGGGGUGGGUGUGCUGAACCGCUACGUGGAGGGCAGGCACCCGCCCGAGAAGCUGCUGGUGAAGGACGGCACUCGCUGGUGCACCGAUGUCUUCGACAAGUUCAUCUCUGCUGACCAGUCGGUGGCCCUGGGCGAGCUGGUCAAGCGUAGCUACACCCCGGCCAAGCCCUCCCAGCUGGUCAUUGUCAUCAACAUCUACAGCUCUGAGCAUGACAACGUGAGCUUCAUCACUGACCCUGGGGUGAAGAAGUGCGGCACGCUCCGCCUGGAUCUCACGGGGACCAGCGGCACGGCCGUGCCGGCCCGGAGGGAGAUCCAGACCCUCAUGCAGUUCGGGGACACCGAGAUCAAGGCCAUGGCCAUCGAUAUAGCCACCUCCAAGAGUGUCAAGGUUGGGAUUGACUUCUUAAAUUACUAACCAGCCACCCCACCAACUGCCCCCUCGGACCCAGCUCACCUGCAUCCGCUGACCUCAACCCUGACUGUUCUUUCCCUGUCCUUGACCCUUGCCUCUGCCCACCUGAAUUUCAGCAGGGAAGAUGAGAACAACCAGGGAUAGAAAUAAUUUGGAAUUUUUGAGGGCACACUGGAGUCAGAAAAACUGUCGGAACUUGAGAUCCAGGUUUGGGGAUAAGAAAAGAUCUGGAAAAGCAGCUGGUUUUCAUAGGCACACAGUGGUGAAACACCCACCCAGCAAGGGGAUCGGUGCAUAUCCGCAGCAGUGGCUGAGCCUGCUCCGAGCAGAUCUCUAUUUAGUGAACUUCGGAUGCUAUUGCUAUCUUUCUAGAUUUUAACUAAGAUCCUUGAGCUGGGAGGGAUUCUUCAUCUCUUUGAGGCUUUCCUUUUUACAUCUUUUGGAUAGCAGUCAAUACAAAAUGCCACCCAUCUGCAGUUAAUUCCUUUUCAUCAUCAUGUGAUUAAAAGUGGUGAUUCAGUGGGAAUGGGGAGUGUUUGUAGCCGGUGGGAGAAGACUGCCUACACUGGGCACUAUUUUAGGUUCUCAUAAUUUAAAGUCCAAAUAGGUUUAGUGAAGAAAAAUGGUAGCCUCGGCUUAUCCACUAGGAUUUAUGUGAGUGGGGUAGCUGACCCCUCAACUUCUCAGCAGGGAAAAACUUGAUUCGAGGAAAAUGGAUAUUAAAUCAAUGCUGACAUAUCUCAAAUUAUAUGCUGUGACAUAAUUCCCCAAGUGCCAAAUCCUGAUUUCUGAAUUCAUAAGGGAUUCUAGUUAACCUUAGGGGGAUUCUGUGAAGAAAUGAGGUUGCAGUUGACUUUGUUCACAUCACCAAGCCCAGGAGUCUGGAACAAUCCUUCACCUUAACAAGCAUAUGUAUUUUAAAUUUUAACUUCCUCCUACCUGACCACCCUCAUCUCCCUAAGAGUCUGGUCCAUGUAGUCCCACAUUUUGAAAAUAAUACAUCAGUGAUAGAUACACAGGCAGAGAAGCUGUUCUUGGAAAUGUUUCAUUAAAAUCAUCAGCUUUUAAAGUCUAUUUAAAAGGAAUUCAUAGAUCUGUACUUGAUAAAUUCAGCCACGGUUUUUCAGAGCAGAUUUGAGCAUCAUCAGGAUGGGAACUGCCUGGAUGCUUCUUAAAUACAGGUUUCUGGGUCCCAUCUCUUCCCUUUUAGGAAAUGAAGUCAAGUCUUGGAGAGAGGAACCAGAAUCUGCAUUUUUAGUAGGUGCCACAGGGGACUGUAGUCCCACUGAGAUUUGAGAUCUAACUUUAGGUUUUGUUGAAAGAUGAAGCACAGACGGGAGCUUGCAGCCUCUGGCCUUCCUCUUCGGGGUCCCCUGGGGGAGGGUUUACAAGUGAAGAGCCCUGAUCCCACUCCUUCCUUUCUUGUGACGGGGCUGGGGCUCCACCAGGCACGAGGAUGGUGCUUUCAGCCCCCACAGGAAGGGCCUGGAGAGGAAAAAAUUCAAGGGCCUUAUCCUGAGGAUGGGGCUGAGGACCGUGUGUCUGCAUUCUCCACUCCCAUCCCCACCUGCAAAGCUGGUCGUCUUCAACAUUCAGGAACCAUCUAAGGAAAAAGAAUAAAGAAUCUGACGUGCAACCCACCUGAUCUUUUCAAAGCUGUCUUUUCCACGUGCUGGAAUUCAUUCCGAUUUAAAUCACUGGAAGCAUGAAUAAUGAAUGAGGGAGGAUGAGUGAACUUAUUGAAUGCAAGCUGGAGGCAGAAACCAUUACCAUAGCCCAUAUGCAGAUUUUAAAUGGCAUUUCCAAGUUCAUUUUAACAUGUCUUCUUUCUCACUUCGCCUGCUGCAGAAUGCCCUCCUUGAAUGUGGAACACGAAUAAACCACACAACUAGAGAAUGCUAGUCACAUGACUCGGUGGCCGGAUCUCACACCCAGGCAAAAGGGUUUGUUUGCCAGGGUUCUCUUGCUGCCUGCUCUGCUUCAAAAGCUACACGUUAUGGGGUCUGUCUUUGGUGUUGCCAGCCAUAUUCUACAAAUAAGACUUUUCAAUUUAGUUAUAAGUAAUAUAAUUUUAUGUACAUACACUAUUAGAAUACUGUACAGAAUCUUUAUUUCUACAAUACGCUUUUCUUGUUGGAAAGAAAAAAAGGAAAAUGCUCUUUGAAUCUUGUUGAUGACAUUGCUGCCUUUAAUUGUUCACAGUUUCAUUUCUUAAUUGUCUUACUAAUCGAUUUGUACCAAUGCUAAGCUAUAGACUAUGUAUGCAAGACUAAGCAAUAGACUAGGGUCAGAAUAUUCUGAACAAAUUGAACAAAUGGACCACCUGGAUCAACAGCUUCAUUAGACCCUUCUGUGUGCACCUCCUUCCCAAAAGGUCCCAAGUUAUAUUUAAAGGAGCAUAAUAAUGUAUCAAUUCUCCUGUCCAGUCCUUGAGAGCUGAACAUUCUAGUUCUAUAAGCAGUGUGACUGCAGAGACAAACCUAUGAAGACUCGGUGUGUCCCUGAAGGGUUAUCACCCUCUGCUUGUGUGGACCCUUGUGGUGUGUCAGUACACGGGUAAGUGUGUGAGUGGCACAGUCAAGUCCUUUUUUUGGCUAAUGUAGGACCUUUCCCACCUUGCACUGAGGAUGUCUCAUCUAUUUCUCUGAAAUGAGCUGGUUGAAAUCUGCAAUGUUGGCACAUAGAUGAUGGAGAGGGGGUGAUAAUUUUACUGGACUUAAUUCUGGCCCCAGAGAUGCUGCCCCAUUAGUUAAACUUAUUAAAGGGAAUCCCCCAAUCCAUCCCACCCCCUCCCUCCUGGAAAUAUUCUGUAAUGAGAGCCCUGGAUAAGUUCAUCUGGACACAUUUGAUAACCUUAAAUAGUUUCUAAAAGGCCUGUUGUCUUGACCCAUUACUCAGUUGCUGCUGGCAUGGACUAUCUGAUGUUCAUGUUUCUUGGAAGCAGAACUAUCACAGGUUUUCCUUUGCUGCUGCCUUUCUGCACAGAGCAGCUAUUACUAAGUGCUGAGUGACAGGCGAGUUACAGACAUACAAGAUAGGCAAGAAGAAAGAAGAGACAGACAAGAUUUUUUACAGUGAUGGCUAAGAUGAGUCCAGAUUAUAAAGUCCACCCUACCCUUAGAAUGUUACUUAAAUCAAGUUUAGCUUUUAGAGUCCAGGUCUGGUUAAUUGCCAGGGUGGCAAAGAAUUGCAUGCAUCAAUAUAAACAGGAGUCAAAAUGCAUUAUUAGUUGAAGAUCGAAUUUCACAUUGUAGAGAUGAAAUAGCUGUGAUUAAGCUGCAUAUUUAUGCUGGGAAAUGGCUUAAGUGAAUGACUAGUAUAAAAGUUGUUGGCCAUAAUGUCACACUUCUCAUCUGCUUGGAAUAUGGAACUAUAUUCUAAACUAUCAGCCAUUGGGGUCUUGUUCACUACAAGAUCAAUUCACACUUCACAGAACUUUUCAGCCAUUCACAACUUGACAAGAUUGUACCCGCAAACUCUGUCUUCACAGAUGUCUAAUAAAGCAAAACUCUGGA